UUCCUACACUUCUCUCUUCAGGUGCAGAUGGCUUUCUUCAUCACAAGAUCAUUGGAACUAGUCUGGAUCAUCUCAUUGUUGAAGAGAGCCACGUCCAUCAGAAUUGAUCAUCCUAUAGUAUUGUUGUUGUGUAUAAUGAUCACCUGGUCCUGCCCAUUUCACUCAGCAUCAGUUCAUGACCCAGUAAAGUUGGACAAUGACUUCCACUCUGUACAAGUAUCUCUUCAUUCUCUCGGCUCUGAGUUUUUGUGUCUCCCAGCCUAGCAACCAAGACCUCCAUCCCCCAAAACCCACUGAUAAGGAAGAAAAUUCUAUCUACCGGAGGCUGGCUCCAGUGAACGUUGACUUUGCAUUUCGUAUAUACAAGAAUUUGAUAUCAAGAGCCUCAGACAGAAAUAUUUUCAUCUCCCCAGUGAGUAUUUCCAUGUCCUUGGCCAUGCUGUCCCUUGGGGCCAGGUCUACCACACGCACACAACUCUUGGAAGGCCUGGGAUUCAACCUCACGGAGACAUCAGAUUUGGAAAUCCACCAGGGUUUUCAAAAUCUCAUCCAUCUGUUCAACAAUUCAGAUACUGGUCUGGAAAUGAACAUGGCAAAUGCCCUGUUUCUUGACUCACAGCUAGAAUUUAUGGAGACAUUCAUGACAGAAGUAAAGCAAUAUUAUAGUGUAGAAGUUUUUUCUACAGACUUUAAAAAUUCAACCAGAGCCAAGAAACAGGUCAACGAUUUUGUCAAGAAUAAAACUUUGGGGAAAGUUGAUCAGUUAUUCAAGGAACUGGAUAGAGAAACCAUGCUUAUUUUGAUCAACUACAUUUUCUUUAAAGGAAGGUGGGCAAAGCCUUUCAACCCCAAGGACACCAAAAUGCAGAAAUUUUACACGAGUAAGAAUGUCAGCGUGGAUGUGUUGAUGAUGUUCCAGUCGAGGAGCAAUAAGCACUUGUUUGAUGAGGAGCUGUCUUGCACAGUGGUGCAGCUGGAAUAUUCAGGAAAUGCCACAGCCUUCUUCAUCCUUCCAGAUGAGGGGAAGAUGGACCAGGUGGUGGCUGCCCUGAGAAGAGACACACUGAACAGAUGGUCACAUCUCCUCCAGGACAGCUCCGUGAAUCUCUAUAUUCCAAAGUUCUGUAUUUCCGAGUUCUAUGAUCUUGAAGAUGUCCUUAGGGACAUGGGGAUGACAGACGUAUUUACCAGACAAGCCAAUCUUUCUGGCAUCACUAAGGAAGCCUCAGUUAAACUAUCUGAAGUCCUCCAUAAGGCUGUACUCAGCAUUGAUGAAGAGGGCAUGGAGGCAGCUGCAGGCACUGGAUUAAGCAUAAGAGUCAAAUCAUAUCGUCCAGUCAUUAAGUUCGACAGACCUUUCCUGUUUGUUGUAUUUGAUCACUUCACCUGGAGCUCUCUCUUCCUGGGAAAAAUUAUGAAUCCCCAUACAAGUGCCUCGACAUAAGAUGUUGAACUGGAGAGACAAAAGAUGUUGAACUGGAUGUCACAUUGUGUAAAAUGAUUGGUCUAGGAAUUGGGAGACUGGAUUUCUACUUUUAGAUUUUUGCCCUUCUAACUUUGACUUCAGAGUUCUUCCAUUUCCUCUCCUGUAAAAUGGAGAUAAUUUUCCCCUGACUCUACCUUCCUCAUCAGCAAAAGGAUUGUUUUGUGGCCCAAAUAAAGCAAUGAAAGUAAAGGUAUUUUGAAAAGUAUAAA